GUCACACAGAUGAGAUUUAUCCACAGGGGAGAGACCAUAACAAACCAGUAAUGAUUUUAUACUGAGUCCUGCAGUUCGGCUCCUGCACCCCAGCGUGGGGGUCAAACUCAGCACGUGAACCAGACGGGGGUCUCUCCAGUCACAUGGUCAAGAACGUCCCAUAUUUAUGUAGGAAGACAAAUUUACUGCAAACGCGGUUGCUAUGGACUUCUCCAUGCUGACGGACGACCUGGAGGGCGAUAUCGAUGCGCAGUUUGUGAUCCAUCAGAGCCUGCGGGAGGCUUUCCUCAAAACUUCCAUUGGCCAAACCACAGAAAACAACAAUUCCUCGUCACUGAGUUCAGAACAUGAGAAGAUUGUGGCCGCCAUACGAGUAGGAGAUGAAAAGACUCUAACGAAGUUGUGUUCCCAACGGUUGGCGUUUUGUGAGGCAGAUGAUAAUGGUUGGACCCCGUUGCAUGAAGCUGCUGUGCAGGUGGAUAAAAAUAUCCUGGAAAUGACAUUUAAGGCUGUCAGUUACACCACCUGGGAACAGACGACAGUUAAAGGGGAAACACCACUCUUUCUGGCAGUUGAAAGCGGCAAACUGGAAAAUGUCAACUUUCUGCUUUCCAACAACUGUGACCCUGACAUCAUGAAUGGCGCCGAGGAAUCACCCCUAGUUGUAGCAAUACGCCAAGGGGCCUAUGAUAUCGCCUCCCUCCUGCUGCGCUUCGGUGCCAACGUCAACUUGCCUUGCGCUGAUAACCGGACGGCCCUGCACGAGGCGGCCAAGCUGGGCAAGAAAGACAUUGUGGGGCUACUCCUGCGCUCUGGGGCUGACGUCACGUUUACCAGCAACUACGGCUUCACCCCACUGGCACUGGCAGCACAGAAUGGGCACAUGGAAGUAAUGGAAAUGCUCAUACAAAGAGGUGCCAGCGUUACAGCCCAGGCCUCCGAUUCAGCUUCCAUUCUGUUUGAAGCAGCGUCUUCAGGUAACCCCGAUGCCAUCUCACUCUUACUGGAGUAUGGAGCCGACGCCAAUGUACCCAAACACUCUGGCCACUUACCUAUACACCGAGCUGCCUACAGGGGCCACAUCUUGGCUUUAAAAUCACUGAUUCCGGUGACAGAAAUUGGGGUGAUCAAGAGAAGUGGCAUUAGCCCAGUUCACUCAGCGGCAGCCGGGGGGCACCCACAGUGCUUGGACCUCCUCAUCCAGUCUGGCUUCGAUGUGAACUUCAUGCUGGCCCAGCGUGUGCGCAAAGGUUACGAUGAUGAGAGGAAAUCAGCUCUGUAUUUUGCAGUUUCCAACAAUGACAUUUCUGCGGCCCACCUGCUGCUAGAGGCCGGGGCCCUCCCCAACCAGGAUCCAGUCAACUGCCUGCAGGUGGCGCUUCGGAUGGGGAACUAUGAGCUGGUAAACCUGCUGCUCCGACACGGGGCCAACGUCAACUACUUCUGUAGGGUGAACCCCCUGCACUUCCCCUCGGCCCUGCAGUAUGCGCUGAAAGAUGAAGUCAUGUUGCGCAUGUUGCUCAAUUACGGCUACGACGCAUACACGUGCUUUGACUGCCCCGACGGGAACAGGGAGCAUUCUAAUUGCGGGAUCGAAGGAUGGACGUCUACUGUCAUCAAGGACACCAUGUUCUGUGAAGUGAUCACCCUGACUUGGCUCCAGCAUCUCUCUGGGAACGUCGUGCGGGUCCUGCUCGAUUAUGUUGACCACGUGGAAUUCUGCAGAAAACUGAGAAAUCUCCUCAUGAAGCAGAAGCAAUGGGCGGAAAUCCAGCAAAUCGCCUGUAAUCCCCGCCCCCUGAAGCACCUGUGUCGCAUGAAGAUCAGGAAGUGCAUGGGGCGCCUCCACCUGCGAUGUCCCGUCUUCAUGUCAUUCCUGCCCCUGCCUAACCGGCUGAAGGAUUAUAUUGUGUAUAAGGAGUACGACUUGUACGGACAGGCCCAAUUAGCCCAGUCCUGGUAACUGUGCCCACAGGAAGCCCCUCCCACACUGGGGGGGAAUGGAACAAACCAGGGCCAUGGAAACGAUGUGUGAGCUUUGCUGCCGACCUUGGGCUGCUCCCUAUAUUAGCACUGACUGUAUAUUUCAGCAUCAACUCCCUGCACCCUGACAAAUGCAAUGACUAGUGAGGGGGAGAAUAAAUUUGGCAGUUUCGCAAAACUGCCGUAAAAAAUCACCAGCAAAAAUUCGGCGGUGGCAAAAAAAUUUUGACGCACGUCAGAAAAGUCGCCUGCGUUAAAACCGUCGCACACCAACAUUAUUUGGACGUCCGUUGACUUUAAUGUCGGCGUCAAAAUUGACGAUUCGCAAAAUUUUCGCCGUUUUGCUAAUUUUGUCAGGAAUUUGUGAAUUUUUCAGCGAAGUGAAAUGAGACAAAUUCGCUCAUCACUAGUAAUGACCCCUCCUCUGAAUGAGACGCUCGUCUCUCAUUGGCUUCUGCCGACAUCAAUGUUCCUGGAGUUUCACAUUCACAGAACUCAAGUGGCUUCUGAUCACGUGAUAUUGUUACAUAGAGACUCACUACCCCCCCCAGCAAAUAUGAAAGACCCUUUAGUAUAUUGUAACCUACACGUAGCUCCUCCCCUCUUUUCCUACCAUUGUACCCGCUGCCUGUUGCUAAGGUUUUUGAUCAUAGUAACAAGGUGGCAUAUUUACCCAGCGGAGCUGACACUCUAAGGAACCACACAGGGGUCAUUUUAAUCAGCAGCAAAUGACCCGGCUUGUUGACUUUAAGACAGUAUUUACAGGUUUGUGACAGAUUUUAAAGGGGUGGUCCCCCUUUAAGUAAAAUUUUAGUAUGUUAUAGAAUGGCUAAUUCUAAGCAACUUUUCCAUUGGUCUUCGUUAUUUAUAGUUUUAUUGUUUUUAAUUAUUUACCUUCUUCUUCCGACUAUUUCUGUAUUUUCUGGAUCUGUACUAGUACAGUAUGGGAUCAGUUAUCAGGAAACCCAUUAACCAGAAAGCUCCUCAUUACAGGAAGGCCGUCUCCCAUAGACUCAAUUUUUAUCAAAUAAUUUUCCUUUUUCUGUGUAAUAAUAAAACAGUAACUUGUUCUUGAUCCCAACUAAGAUAUAAUUAAUCUGUUUAUUUACUGUUUAAACUGAUGGUUCACCUUUAAGUAUGUUAUAACUGGCCAAUAAUAAGCAACUUUUCAGUUGGUCUUCAUUUAUUUUUAUAGUUUUUGAAUAAUUUGCCUUCUUCUCCCAACUCUUUCCAGCUUUCAAACAGGGGUCACUGACCCCAUCUAAAAUACAAAAUUGCUCUUACAAAAAAUAAAGUCAGCUUAUGAUUGUGCUUCACUUCCCCUUUAAACGCUUUCACAACCAACAGUAAAGAAUUGUUACAGCAACUUAAAACCUUUAAUCUGUCCUCGCAACUGUCACAUGGAACAAUUAAUUAAAUCUACACCCCCCUCCUCAAAACAAGCAAGCGAUAGAGAUGGGCAACUCCCGUUAUACACGUAAUACUCCCAGACCUACCAAUAACCUUGCUGUUCAACUACAACUCCCAUUACCCCUCACAGACAAUGCAAUGUAACACGUUUGAAUGGAAAUGCCUAAAAAUGCAGAUUGUGUUUCAGAUGCCAAAGGGUUAAAGGAACCGAUAAGCAGGAAAAAAAAGGGGCCAAGUUACUUAGAAUGAGGCUUAUUAAAAUUUAAUGUUGAGGUUAGCUUGCCCUUUAUACACCUGACUUGCAUCGUGGGCAGUGGCUGUACAUUGGAGGGGGCAAGCGAAUGGAAUUUAAAGGGUAAAUGUGUAUAAACCCAGCCCCCGCUGAGUAAUUAAAAGGUUUAAUCACAAUUGCGUCUCGUUACAACAAUGAUUCAUUACGAAACAAUUAAAGUCGACGCGAGGCCGACGCACAACUCCCAGCAAGCUCAGCUCUUCCCCUUUCUAGUUCUGGGCGGGUCCUUUAAAUUUCCCUGAUGUAGGGGCCCCAGAAGGUCCCGCCGACGCGGAAGAGACACCGCCAGGAAAGCAUGCAGCCCCGUAUCCACCUGGCAGCUCCCGCAAAAAAACAUGGCCGCUUCUCAAAGGCAAAAUAAUGAGCGGUGACUCAAUAGAGGAAUUACGGUAAUAAUAAAAGUGGUGUUUCCUG